UCCGGACAGGACACUCUGCUCCUCCUCCUCUUCUUCUUGAUGCUGCAGUGGACUCGCUGACUUGAAGAGAAAAAAGAGAAAAUAAGAACGUUAAUUUGGGAUGAAAAUGAGAAUAUAGAUACUCUUCUUGUUCCUCUUUGCAGUUUUGGGAUUUUUUUGGACAGCACAUUCAAACAGGAUGACUUAUUUUCCAACACUGGUGAUCAUGUAUACCCUGGUGGUGUCAGCAGCGUCCAAGAGUGAGCGUGCGGUACCCUGUGACUCGGGCCAGUACACCAAGGAUGGGGAGUGCUGCCUUGAGUGUCCACCCGGCGAGGGCGUGGUCAGGCCGUGUGGUGCCAAGCAGACCGUGUGUGCACAGUGUCUCGAUAGUGAGACCUUCUCUGUGAACUACAGCCACACGGAGGAGUGCCUACCUUGCACCGAGUGCACGGGCCUGAUGCGAAUGGAGACACCGUGCACAGACUCCAACGACGCAACUUGCGUAUGCCGCUACAACUUCUACUUCGAUUCAUUGUCGGGACGUUGCGUGCCCUGCACGGUGUGCCCAGCCGGCGAGGGCGUGUUUGCCCACUGCGACCAUGAUCAUGACACGGUGUGUGAGGAAUGCGUGGACUUUACCUUCUCGGACCGUGACAGCUCGCUGGACCCCUGCUUGCCUUGUACCAUCUGCGAUGACGAGACCGAGAUCCAGCUGGCCCACUGCACGCCUGUCAGUGACUCAGUCUGCCACAAUCCCCUGCUGCCCACCUAUUUCCCGUCCAUGUCCACUGAGACAGACCCUACUUCGCCCACUUUCACCAACUACUUCCUCCCGGAAAGUUCCGAGGGCCCCGGUCCGGGCGACGAGACCACCACACCUGCUGCCGGCUCGCCACGCUUCUUGGGCCACGGCUUCAACGAGAACCUCAUCCCCAUUUACUGCUCCAUCCUGGCCGCCGUGGUGGUGGGCCUGGCGGCAUACAUCGCCUUUAAGAGGUGGAACAGCUGCAAGCAAAACAAACAAGCAGCUAACAACCGUGCUGCUGCUGCGGCGGCGGCAGCAGCAGCAGCAGCAGCUGCGACAACCAACCAGACGGUCACACCAGAGGGAGAGAAGCUGCACAGUGACAGCGGAAUCUCAGUGGAUAGUCAAAGUCUACAGGAACAGCAACAGCAGCAACAAGCACAGGCCGACGUACAGGCUCAGCCACCACAGUCACGCACACAGGAACAGAUAGUGGUGAGGGUAGACGGCGGUUCUGAGCCACUGAUGCCUCCUCCUGAAGUCUGAGGAAGAAGAACUGGAACGCCACCUAAAACGCUGGUCUUUAAUUCAAGACAGCAACAAAUGGGGCUCACAAACUUGGAAUUGGUCCCAAAGACUUACUGUAGAUGGACCUCCUCAUGACUCUUCAUCCCUGCAUGCAGAGUCUCAUAGAACCACGUGCCUGGACUCUUAGCGUAUCGACUUAUGUAGAUAAACAAAAAGUGCAUCUUAGUGAAAACUCCACAAGCUCAUUUUUCAGACUAACUCACAUUUUUUUUCUUCUCCCACCUUGCAAAGAAUUAGCCUUGAAACCCACCGGUGCCUGGAAGGUCACUCUAAUGCAUCUUCCUUGAAAUUCUAGGACUCACGCCAGACUCGCUUUUUCAUUUUUUUUUUUUUUU